UAACAACUCUUUAGUAUCAAUACUAUUAAAAGGAAAAGAGUUUUAAUAAAUCUACUUACAAAAAGUCAUUGGACCUAUCUAUUAUUUAUUAUUUUUAGUCAUACAAACAAUUAAUCUAACUAUAUAAAUUCCGUAAAUUAAUCUAACUGAUUUUUGUCCAACAAUCUAUAUGGUGGGCCCUUAACCUCAAACACAAUUAUACUUUUAGCAUCGACCUAUCAUUAUUAGAAUUUAUAUUGUAUGAAGUGCACCAUGAGAUUAUUGUUAUAAUACAUUGAUGUUAACAAAACUUGCAUAAUUUUACAGCGACAAAUAGUUUACAAUCUCAUCAUCUCCACUCACGAGAAGCUAUAAAAUAAAUAUAUAAAAUAAUUAUGUUAAGAACAAACUACAAACUACAUCAUUGUUCUGCAAUGUUUAAAUUCAACUAUGAAUUAUGUUAUGAUUUUACCUAUCAAAAUAGAAGAAUCCAAAAAAAUCAUGAACAUGAAAAAUACCAAAACCAAAACAAUUAACCGAACAUAUUCAAAUACCUAAAAGCUCUCAAAAGUUUACUUAAAAUUUGACCCCAAAAACAAAAAAAAAAUACCCAAAAUUUCAUCAAAAAUUUAAAUUUUUAUCCAAAACUCAAAACUAUGACCAAAAACACAAUCCCAUUCUCUCCCCUGUUGCAGAAUGGCUCUUGGAUGUGGAGAAAAAUUUUGAAAAGCAGAGAGCAAGCAAAACAAUUCUACAGGGUUGAAGUGGGUAAUGGCAGGAGAACUUCCUUUUGGCAUGAAACUUGGAGUUCGCUGGGGUGUAUGAAGGAUAUUGUGCGUGAUGGAAGCUAUAUUGACAUGAGUAUAUCAAUUAAUGCAACAGUGGAGGAAUGUAGAAAUCAUAGAAGAAGGCAUCACAGAGUGCCUAUGCUUAAUAGGAUUGAGCUGGAGAUAGAGAAGUUUAAAGGAACUUGGACUCAAGCUGAUGAUGUCUCAAUGUGGAAAAAUGGGAAAGGUAAAUUCAAGAGAAGUUUCUCUACAAAGGAAACUUGGAUUAACAUUAGAGAAAAUCAUAUCUUGUGUGACUGGUAUAAAAUUGUUUGGUUCAAGCAUGCGACACCUAAAUAUGCUUUUGUCACUUGGAUUGCUAUGCGUGGAAGAUUGGCAACAGGGGAGAGAAUGAAAUGCUGGAAUACUAAUGGCGAUGUGUCCUGCAGUUUCUGCAAUGAGCCCUUUGAGACUCUAACGCACCUGUUCUUUGAAUGCUCAUACUCUUCACAGGUAUGGGAAGCUCUCAUGAAGGGGGUUAUGAACGAUCAUUACACAGACCGCUGGGGAAGGAUUACUCGACUUAUAACUGACUCGAGUUGGGGUAAAGUUAAGCUAUUCACUGUGAGAUAUGCCCUUCAGUUAACAGUUCAUAUAUUUUGGAGGGAGAGGAACAAGAGGAGAGAUGGGGAAUCUGCUGUUACCGCACCAGUUCUGAUCAAGAGAUUGGAUAAGGCUAUGAGGAAUCAGUUUACUGUUAUCCGUAGGAGGGGUGAUAGAGACUAUGAAGAUGGUAUGACCAUGUGGUUUGAGUCAAGAGAGUUGGGAUAGAAGCUUAUUUUUUAUCCUUAGUAUUUUUACAUUUUCGAAAACAUGAUAUGAAAAGUUGUAAAAGGUAUUUUUUCUUUUGAAUUAAAUUUAACAUUCAAUUCAAAAAAAAAAAUGAAAACAUAUCUGAAAUAAAUAUACAUAAUCACAAAAUAUUUUAGUUGCUUUGGGUAUAUGAUUGGGUCUCGGUUAGGACCCGGACUCGAAACAAGAUCCGUAGGUCCAAGAAAACACCUAAUAAGUAUUUUUUCUGAACUCAGACCCGAACCAAUCAUAUAUUUUCGGGUUGAUUUUUUAGAUCCGAAUAAAAUGUCCAGACCCAACAAAGAGUUAAAUAAGACUGUACAUACAAAAUCUCAAAUAAACUAACUCAUAAAUUAUAUAAAUUUUUAAAUAAAUUCCUACCUGGACAUAAUACGGCAUUGUAACAUAAUAACGUACAACAACCCCAAAAUACUAACUCAUAUGAAAAUCUGUUUGUAAUCCAAAAAAACUAAGCGCGGGUCAAAAUGUUUAAUCUAUAAGUUAGCCGAUAAAGAAAAAACAAUAAUACUUUGGUUUAUUACUCGGUAUCGCCAACAAUGUUGGGCCGGUAGUGUAGUUUUAGUCUUUUAAUAAUAAUCAUCAUGGGCUCUGAAAAUACGGGUUUAGGGUCUUAACCCGGUAAGUAAAGUGAGAUAGAUCCGGAUGGAUAUUGUUUUCCUCUAGCGCGCCUCGGUUCCGGCUAAUUCGAGAAAGGAGAAUCAGAAGAAGAAACGAAGCUGUGAAUCGUCCGUCGCUUGUGUAAGGAACGGAACUCUCUCUCUCUAGAUCUUCUAGUAUCUCUAACGAUUAUAUGAAUCCUAGAUCUUUUCGUGUUCAUUUAGUCGUAAAAGAAAAGGAAAAAUAUUUAUCUUAAAUCGAGACCUUGCGUUCAAUUACUGUAUUCUUUCUCUUCGGCGUAGCCUAAGGCUGUGGAUUGUUCCUAUUUGUUAAACUAUGCAUCAAUCUUAGGAAAUUAGGGUUUUAUGAGGCUUGAAUUGUUGUAUCUGUGAGUGGAGUGUCAAAAUUAAACUACGGCUGUCUAGGUUACGAUAUAUUGAUCUCGUUUCUUUUGCUGCACGAUCUAGUUUUUUUUUUUUUUGUUAAAUGCAUUACCAUCUAUUUUGCUUGUUGAGCUACAUGACUGCCUCCUCUGUAACUGUGAUCAUCACUAUAUUAGCUUAAAGAGCUUAACAUUCAGUUCAGUAUGUUGCUCUACAUAAAGUUACUUUUAGAUUGGCUUGAAUUUGAACGUUGAGUUAUUCACUUUACAACUGAUUCAAUCUCAUCAGUAAAGAGAUGCUUUUAGAUUGGCUUGAAUUUGCUACUUAUAGCCUGUCUAUAUCAUCUGAAUUUCUGCAAGCAGGAAAUCUGUAAACAUGGCUGAUUCUCAUUUAGUCCCAGAGUUAACACGGCACCGCCACACUGUAACAGCCAUAUCCGAUGAUUUCUACAACUAUAUGAAGUUGAUAAAGAAAACUGAGCCUGAAAUCAUGUCUAAACUUUUGCCUAUUCUACGCACAAAACCAGACUCCCGUAUCCAACUCGUUAAUACCAAGAUUACAAAUUAUGCAACUUGGAUAAAAAAAACAGAUUCGAAGGGACGAGAGAAAGUUGGAAGAAGAGUAUGCUGUUUUGCAGUAUGAUGAAGAUCAUGAAACAGUUUGGGCUGUCAUAGCAGCCAAGUUGUUCAGUGUUGUAAAACAUAGACCGAAGAGCAUCUUCACUAACUACUCAGCCCAGUAUAUACUUGACUUCGCUCCUCGCCCGGGAAAGACUCAGAGAAAACAUCAGCGUACUUGUUGCAAACCUCUUACGGUCUUACCGUAGCGGAUGGGCUGAGGUAUGGAUUGAAGAAUAACUUACCCAGAGAACAAGACUGGAAAUAUGCAGGAUGUAGGGAUAUCCGCAAACCAAGGGGCGUUUCACUCUUCCGCAUGGGAGGAGAGGUGAUUGAAUCAGACGAUCUGAAAAUUGCUUCGGUAGCCUUGCAAAAGACACCCGUUGCGGCUCGAUUGCAUAUAUUUGAGCCAGAUGUUGACGUUGUUGGAAAUGAAAUUUACCGUGGGCCAAAAUAUUUUGAGUCCAAGUACGAAGGACAAAGAGAUGUGAUGAUUUAUGCUACUAAGAUAGUUAAAGAGGAGCUGGUUGCGGUGGUAAACUUCCCUUACAAAAGAUUGAAAGAAUUGCAUGUCUCAUUAGAUGUGAUGCUAGUCCAGACACCAAGAGAGGAUGAGACUGAUGAGCCCGACAAAGAAUUGGAAAAACCCACUUACUUGCUUACAGACUUAUGUUUCUUACUACAACCAUAACAUAAUUCUGAUGUAUCAGUUCGAUCAUACAUUAAUACUUUAUUAAUAUAUUCUCGAGA